AUGGCGAAAUACACUGCAAAAAAGCAGAAGGUCCAGCCCCAGCAGAAGGUCUCGAAGCCUUCGAAGAUCUUCAGCCCCUUCAGAGCCCUCGGCAAUGUCUCCAAUGAAGUGCCCUUUGCAGUGGGUACUUUAGGUGCAACUUUCUAUAUUGUCACCUCUGUGGGCCGUUCGUUCCAGAUCUACGACGCCGCCACGUUGCAUUUGCUUUUUGUUUCCCACUCACAGACUCCUGGCAAAAUCCUGGCUUUGGCUGCCCACUUCCACUAUGUUUACGCUGCUUCUGGCAACUCGGUGGGUAUCUAUAAGAGAGGCCGCUUGGAAGCUGAAGUAAAGGUUCCAGGACAGGCAGCUGCCACGAUCAGCCGUCUUUUGGUAUUUGGCGAUUACCUCGUUGUGGUCUCGACCAACGGGUCCAUUGAUGUGUUCAAGAAGCCACUGGGAUCCAAGAUCCCCACCGAGCAUUACACCACCAUCAAGAGCAUCAACACCAAGUUUGCCGGUGACAUUGUGGGUGUGGUCCAUCCACCGACAUACCUUAACAAAAUUGUCGUGGCCACCACCAGCGGCAUCCAUCUCAUCAACAUUAGAACUGGAAAAACCAUCUACAAGUCUCCCCCAGACCAGUUUGGUGAGAACCUCUCUGCCAUCGAGUUUGCACCAGCUCUUGACAUCAUUGCAUUGGGUACUGGCUCGGGAGGAAUUUUCCUCUACAACUUGAAGAAAGGCACUAUUCUCGGCGAGAGAAUCGUUGCUUCUCCCGCAGAUGUGGCUGCAAAGGUCAACUCCAUUUCCUUCCGUACCGAUGGAUCCCACCACCUUGUGGCUGCAUUGAGCAACGGAGAUCUUUACUUCCACGACUUGGUCAAAAAGGCCAGAGUCCACGUUUCGAGAAACGCCCAUGCUGAAGCCACGGGCGGUGUAGCUAAUGCCAAGUUCUUGAACGGUCAGCCAAUUGUCGUGACCAACGGUGGAGACAACCAGCUCAAAGAGCUCGUUUUCGACCCUCCGCUUUCAACAACCAACAGCUCUGUGGUUUCACCUCCCCGUCAUUUGCGUUCUCGUGGUGGCCAUUCUGCUCCUCCAGUGGCUAUGGUUUUCCCCAACGAGGACAAGUCCCAUUUCAUUUACUCUGCAUCCAAGGACCGGUCGUUGUGGUGCUUCUCCAUGAGGAAGGAUGCCCAGGCACAGGAGGUUUCCCAAAGACCACCCAAGACUGAUUCCAAGAAGAAAGGUGGUCCUGUUGCUUCUAUGCGUGAAAAGGUUCCUGAGAUCACCGCUUUGGCCAUGUCGGUCGCCAGAGAAGGAGACUGGGAGAACAUGGUGACGGCUCACAAAAACGAGAAUUUCGCCAGAACCUGGGACUCAAAGCAUAAGCGUAUGGGACGUCAUGAGCUCGCUACUGUUGAUGGUGGUAUUGCGAAAGCUGUGUGUGUUUCCCACUGUGGUAAUUUCGCCUUGGUGGGUUCUUCCAACGGUGGAAUUGGCGCUUACAACUUGCAAUCUGGUCUUCUUCGAAAGAAGUACAUGUUGCACAAGAACAAGGCUGUGACUGGUUUGGCCAUCGACGGCAUGAACAGAAAAAUGGUCAGCAGUGGUCUUGACGGUGUGAUUGUUCCUUGGAAAGCUUCAGCUCGACUCCCCAUCACCACCAUGAUCUACCACAAGGGCUCCGACUUGGUAGCCUGUGCUCUUGAUGACUUGAGCAUUGUGGUGAUCGAUGUGGUCACCCAGAAAGUCGCCAGAGUGCUCAUUGGGCACAACAACAGAAUAACCGAUCUUGAUUUUUCGCCUGACGGCAGGUGGAUUGUGAGUGUUUCGCUUGACGGCACCUUGCGUACCUGGGAUAUUCCCACUGGAGGCUGCAUUGACGGAAUUCGUCUCCCCAACGUGGCUACCAGUGUCAAGUUUUCACCAAUUGGUGACUUUUUGGCUACCACCCACGUCUCCAGCAACGGUAUCUCCCUUUGGACGAACAGAGCCCAGUUCCACCCGGUUUCCACUAGACAGAUGGAGGACGACGAAUUCAGCACAGCGCUUUUGCCUAACGUGUCUGGUGAAGGUGGAGCUUCUCUUAUUGAAGGUGCUCUUGAUAAACCUGCCGAAGACGACAACGACGUCCAUACCACCUACCGUUCCGUUGACCAGAUCAACCAGGAUCUCUUGACGUUGCAUGUGGGCGACAGAAACAAGUACCUGAACAUUUUGCAUCUUGACAUCAUCAAAAAGAGAAACAAGCCCAAGGAAGCGCCCAAGAAGCCCGAGCAGGCGCCAUUUUUCUUGUCUUUGGGCGGUGAAGUUGUGGGUGACCGUGCUGUUGUUGCAGAGAAUGGUCUCAAGAGUCUGACCAACGGUAAUGCUACAACCGAAGAGUCCAAACUCAGAGCCCUCAAGGAGAACGGAGAGCACAAUUUCGAGUCUGAGUUCACCAAACUUCUCAGAAUCGGCGGCGAGUCCGAAGACUACACUCAGUUCAUUGACUUCCUGGUCAAUGCUGCUCCUUCACUCAUUGACCUCGAGAUCAGAUCGCUCAAUUCGUUUCCUCCAUUGGACGAAAUGACCAGUUUUGUCGAGGCUCUCAACCAGGCCAUGCAGCUCAACAGCGACUACGAUGUGCUCCAGGCUAUCUUUGGUCUUUUCCUCAAGCACCAUGGAGACGUUAUCUAUGCCAAUGGCAAAGAAGAACAGUUGCACGAGGCACUCGAGAAAUGGGGUCAGAUCAACCAGCAAAAGGGAGCCAAACUCGACGAGCUUGUGAAAUACUGCUCUGGUGUCGUCAACUUUGUAUCUAUACCUAUCGCCAUGAACGUGGACAUAAUGGCGCCGUUCAAUCGGCUCAAUCUUAGCGGAAACGCCAAGGUUACGGCGCUUCAUUUCCAGAAUGAAAAACUAUUCAUUGGGUUCAGCAAUGGCGACAUCACCAUCAUGAGAGUCAGCGACAAUCCAGAGGCAGUCAAGACUCCUGCUCGCUCCAUGCGAAGCUUUCGUUCAUUUACCGACAUAAAGGGCCUUUUUCACGAUAACGAUUCGUCCCUGUGGUACAGCACCGAGAAAACGUUUCGAAACGUCAAUGGCUCUCAGUCUCCAAUCACCGUCUUACGACUAGUGCCGCUUUACAAGGAUGGCUCGAGAGAUGUGCUUUUUGCGGGCUCCUCAGAUACACUCAAUGCCUUUGAAUGGGUCGGCGCCCACCUCAAUUUGAUCCAUACCUUCCUGGAACUGAAGAACUUCAACCAGUUCAAGUAUGUGGAGACCAGAGACAACAGGCUAGUCUUGGUGGGCACCAAGAAACGCUUGAACAUAUACCAGAUUAAGCAGAAGUCGAGAAAUAUCUUUGAUUUCAUUCUCAUUAAAGAACUCAGCCUUAAGGACAAGCUACGUUCCAUUGGUGGCCAACAUGGCGACAAGAUCGUCUUGGGACUCACCAACUCCUUCAUGUGUCUCGAGCUAGACACGUUUAAUCUCAAAAGCAUAUCCACAGAGAGCUCGGGAAUCAACAGCUUGUCACAAACAACCUCAUUUAGCUACUUUGGCAUAUCUAGCACUGGGCCCCAGGUAUGGAUCUUGGACCCCAAAAACUCAAACUCAUUGGUCAUACGUGACUCUCAGGUUGGAACUCUUCAAUUUGAAGAUGACAAAUAUGCAUUGGGGUCCUCUGAUGUGAGACUCCUGACGGUACCUGUGGAUGUUGCGUUUCUCCUACCAUGCUACUUGCUAGUACUUUACAGCAAAAAGCUCGAGAUUGUUGACAUCGCUAGUGGAGCAGUUAUCCAAGUCUUCCAUCAUCACAUGAACAACUACAAUAUCAGCCUCACGGUUUUCGAGGAUGUCGUCAUCAUUGGUGCGGGCACCAAUGUAUUUCAGUUCAGAAUUAAUCCCAUUCGCAAACAGCUCAACCAGUUUUUGACAAUUCGAGGAUCUAAUUCAAGUGCAAGAGGCCUGAAGGAGCUUCACAGUGAUUUACGGUUGAUAGGUCUAGAGAGGGCUUUAACUUUGGUGAAUAGUCUUGACAACGACGACAGUUUGUUCUUUCCCUUGGGGCUGUUCGAGUCCUCAACCGACAAGUAUAAGCUUUUGUUCCUUCGAAACCUAUACACUGAGAAGGCACAAGUUUUGUUUGAGCUGUACGGGCGGUAUCAUGACGCAUUAAUUGGCAUUGGCUCCGAAUGGAUCCUUUCGUACAAAGAAGUUCUCAAGCUCUUUCCUGACUUCAUAAAUGGCGAAUUCCAGAUAAGUGAGCUAAAAGAGACAACCCCGGAUGAUUCUUUUGAGACCAAGUCAUCUUCCGGGUUCGUUAAUCCGGUUCGUCGUGUCAGCAUCCAAGAGCUCGAGAAUACGAAGCAGGACAUCAUUGCAAGCACAGCAUCCGACAACGCCACUGAAGGUGAGGAUUCUCCAGACAAACCACAUCAUACGGGACUUGCAUCAGGUGUAAGCCUCGAUGACCUGAAGUCCCCCAAGGUUCGAAAAUUCAGCAAAGCAGUUAGCGAUCUUAUUGUUUUCUUGACAGAUCAGAGAAGAAUAUACUCCAUAUUUUUGGGAUCCAACGAUAUGAUGCCUACGAUGCCCUGGAAAAGCGUGGACUUGUCUCCACUCGACCUCGAUCCAAGCCUUAAGGAAGACCAAAUGUGGGAGGAGAUAAAGAAGGACGCCAUCUACAUUGAUACCACCCUUUUCCUUUGCUACUUUUAUACAAAGCCAAUGCUUCUCGGACCCCUUCUUCGUUUGCCAAAUAAUAAGUGUGAAUCGAAUGUGGUCAAUCAUUAUCUUCUCAAGGAUUUACACAGUCAUACCAAGGAGUCGCAUGUCUUCAUUCGUGAGCUUCUAGAUUUUUACUAUGGAAGAUCUCUUCAUGAAGAGGCACUCGAGAUGCUCUAUAAACUCGCACAUGAUGAAACCUCACAAUCUCAUGAAUACGACGAGUACUUCAGAUCUCCUGACCUCACAAUCAGCUACUUCCAAAAGCUUGACAACAGCAAGCUAGACUUAAUUUGCAAGUAUGCGGAGUGGGUUUUGUUAAGUGAUGAAAGUGAGAUGAUACAGCGGGCUGCUGCGAUAUUUAUGAAUGAGACCUACGAGUGUGAAAGUUACGACACCACGAAAGUAUUUGAAUUUUUCAAGAAUGCCAUUAAAAACGACGACUUGGCUAUUCGUUAUCUUGAAUGGCUUCUUUCCGAAACCGAUGUUCUUCAAUCCGCUGGCCGUACGAGACAACGGUCCACGUUUUCGACCAAAUUGUGCUUGUUUUACCUCAAAAAAUUGAAGGCUCUCGAAUUAUCUGACGAGGAGUUUGUUCAAGAUGAGAACUACAAAAAACUUUACGAUUUCUUGAAGAAUUCUAUUGACUAUGAGCCAUGGACAGUUUUGAAGAAUAUUCCAACAAGUCAAGACAAUUUUCUUCGCUUCACAAUAUUUAUCUACAAACGACUCGGUGAGCAUCAAAAAUCUGUGGACGUCUUGUACAACCAGCUCACUGAUUUAAAUGGUGCAAUCGAAUAUUGUGCCGACCUUUAUGACGCAGGUCAGCAUCAAGCCGGUCAGGAUCUCUUACACAAGCUUCUCGAGGAUUUGUUAUUGCAUUACGAGGAGAACAUUGACUCAAUUACCCAGCUCUUAACAACGCAAGGAAAGAAAAUGUCAAUGACCAGGACACUUCUUACUUUGCCAAGUUCCUUCCCAUUACGAAACCUCGAAACCUUCAUAGGCGAAAACUUGAUCCUGGUGGACACUGAUCUCAUGAACAAGAGGAUCACAAGUCAGCUAUACAAGGUAGGAUCUGUGAAGGUGCAAUAUGAGCUUCAGAAGGAGAAAGCGAAGUCCUACAAGAUUGCGAGCAAAGAGGAAAGUUGCGAUAUUUGCCAUGACUCAAUCAAGAAAAAUUUGAUAUGCAUUGACCCCGAUGACAAGAUAUCUCACUAUAAGUGUUAUCAAAAGGAUCGCGACUAA